AUGGGGAACGCAGCAGAAUUUGGACAGAUAGUGACAACAUAUGAAUGUUUACACUAUAUUUGUCAACUUGUAUGCCUGAAAAUAAAAUACAGCCCUUAUGGAAUAAAUCAUGGGAUUGAAAUUCACCCAGAUGUAGUGGAAUAUGCCAACGAGAGACUGGAAGAGUUCAAAGCCAAGUCGGAGAUGUUCGAUGAAUUUGAUUUCUGCGAACCAAAGUUUACAGUUGGCAACUGCUUACAGCUCGGUUCUGGAAUCCGCCUUUAUGAUCGCGUCUACUGUGGCGCUGCUUGUCCAGCCGAACAUGAAAACUACAUGAAGAAUUUAAUCAGCGUUGGAGGCAUUCUUGUUAUGCCCCUCAAAGAACAGCUGGUCCAGACCUGUCGAGUCAGUGAAAUUUCAUGGGAGACCAAAAUUGUGCUACCCGUAUCCUUUGCCUCUCUUAUUCUGCCAACCAAAAGCCAGGCUUCAAAUGUCUGUGAAUUACCUGAAGUAACCAUGCCAACUUUACAGGAAGCCGCGAGAUUAACCAUUCGAUGCAUUCUGCGUGACCUGAUCCUGGAAAGCCACCAAGACAAACAGCCACCCAGCAAGUGCUCACGGAAGACUGGCAUCAAGUUCCAGAUGAUGCUGCAGAACUUCUCCAGUGAAGACGAGGGAGAAGGGGAAGAUGAUGAUGACUACGAAGACGACGACGACGACUACGAGGACGAUGGCGUUGACCAAGAUUCCACCUCAAGUUCCGGUCGGGGCCAGAGUUCUGACCCAGACCAAAACAAAGAUGACAGUGAAAUGCCGUCCAGCGCAAACCCCAGGCGUCGAGUGGGCUCAAAGAUCUCCAAGUCCAGUGAUAAGAUGGAUGUUGAUGAGCCAGGAGAUGGCACAUCGACACCACGUGCCAGGAAACUUGCACGCUACCGUUUCUUCUCACGCAGCGGACCGAAAGAAGGUAUUCUCAUCAGCACGGGGGGCAGCAGGGAAGAGGAAGAGGACAUGCUGUACCACAUAGAGGGCGCUGGCAGCAGAAUUAGUCGCCGUAGUAGCAGACGAGGAGAGAGGAACUCAACAGCGGUGGUGGCGGCGGCAGCAGCAGCAGCAUCUGGAGGAGGAACAGUUGCAGAAAGGUGUCCCUUGAAACCCCAAGAAGAGCAGCAGCCUGGAGCCUUUGCAUCCUCAUCACCAUCUUUUAAUCUGAACGAGCCACAAGAGAUGCUCACGGAAGAGGAAGAAGAGGAGGAGGAGGAGGAGGAGGACGACUCUGAUUCCGACGACGAAGACGAGAACUUUGGCUUCACCAAUGCAAACCUGCUGAAUGGCAAUAUGCCUGUGCAGCAAGAGAAGGAUGAGAAAGAGACAGAGCAACAGGAGGAAGAAAUGGCAUGUACUGAGACCAUAACUAGCACUUCGGCAACGGCUCCUGUGACCCCAACUGCCACUGCGUCCACCGCCGCCAACAACAACACCACCUCUACUACCACCACCGACGCCACCACUACCAACAUCAUUGUCGGCAAGCAGUGGUGGUCAUCAACUAGUCCGAGCAACGACACGUCUGGCACUGUCGGAGUGACCGGUGACCAGUCGGACAUUGACUGUGGGACGAAAAACAGUGGGACAGGCAACAGCGACAACAGUAGCAAUCGUAGGGGUAGUAGGAAAGACAGUAGUAGCGGAAGUAACAAAGAUUCACCAGGCACUGACAGCGGUGCUUGGUCACAGGGUUCCGGUUACAACCUCACUGAGGGCACUGAGCGUGCUCCGAGGGUGUCCAUCACGAAAUAUAUGAAGGAGCGAGUAGAGAAGCUGCCCCUGCCACCCGCACUCAAGUCUUUCCUCAUGUACUACAGGCUGUGAGCACAAGUUUUGGCUGUGAGUGCAAGCAACCUCCCCCAGCCCACACUCCACUCUUAUUUCCUCUUUCUCUUCUUCUCCCACCUACUGCCCCCCUUUUUUUUUUCUUUUUUUUUUAUUAUCCUUCAGGAAACUGUUGGCACUGAAAUGAGAGCUUGUUGUUGUUGUUGUUGUGGUUUCUGGGGGUUGGGGUAAGGGCUUAAACAGACAACACACAGAGGUGGAGGACAAAAUAUAGCAACAGUGAUAACACUGGGUGGGGUGGGACUGGUGAUGAUGACUACAGGCAGACAAAGCAAUAGGGUGGUGGGAAAGGGGUAAGUAAUGAUUGACAAUAAGGGUCAGAGAUGAAGGGCUGAUGGCAACAAAGGGAAACGAUGGCCACAAUGACAGACAAGGAUGGAUUCAAGCAGCAACAAUGGACAGGGACGAAUCAGGCUAUGAUGAUGGACAGAUGGACAUGGUUGACAUAUGUAUGACACACACCAGUGAUUAUGGCUUAUUGACCUCGGAUGAAUGAGUCAACACAAGAGGAGGAGUCAAUUGACGGUCUUUGUGGGUUUUCAGUGGUGGGUGGGUGGGGUUGGUUUGACAUGUCAUCGCUGUUGUGGGAAAACUGUUCUCUUUCCUCUUUCCCCUCCCCUCUCUUUCUCAUUCUCCAAGUGACGCGUCUGACAAACUGUGAUAAGACAGAUCAACAACAACAGCAAAAAAUUUAGAGGUUUGUUUCG